CACCGCCACCACCGUCACCAUCACCACACCUUCUCACCAUGGACCGUCACCACACUACUGAACCGAUCAAAUUCAAACCCCACAAUAUUCUCUUCUUUACAAUCACUGUCUACACUAGAUAUUUCAUGCCCCUUGACCUUUCUUUACGCACCCCCAAAGCCCAUAAACCCCCACGCAAACCAAUACUUUCUCUACUUAAAAGCCUAAACCCUCUCUUUCUCUCUUUCUAUUUAUCCAACCUUUUUAGGUCCCCUCAUUCCAUUAUUGACUUUUUCUUCUCUUUCUAGCUCCACUUUCUUUUUCACUUUAGCUCCAUUUUUUUUUCUUUCUUUCUUUCUUAUUAGUAGGAAUUGAGUUAGUUCGUUUCUGGGUUUAGUUAAAUAUGAUCAUGAUGAACUUUUGGGCUGCUCACAUAUCGACCAUGUUUUCGAGUCCAUUAGUUUCGAGCAUCGUUACUCUCUCCGCUUUGAUUUUCCUCUACGUUCCUUACCAAUUCUUGAGAAUUGUUUUCUCUCCGGUUCUGAUUUUGACUGGGGUUUUGCUUCUCGCUCUUCUUCGACUUGGCGCAGUUCAGAAAUUUGAAGAUGAGCACAAGAGGGAGGAGAUCAAACUCCAUUUUCAGCCCCAAAGAGAAGAGGGUGAGACCGCUACCACCGCUACUGAUGAUAUCAAAGAUAACAAAGAGAGCGAUUCAUCUGAUGACCCCGGACAAUUUGCGGGUUCACAAGACGAAGAUUUCAACUGGGUCGAUUACAAAUCCGAAACAGACUCCGAAACCGACUUCGGUUUUGAUCCGAAUCCAGGUUUUGAAGUAUCGUUCGUUCAGUGGAACCUGAGGGCGCCAUUAGAGGUCAUUUACGAAGAGUAUGAAGGCGAAGAAGAAGACGACGACGAAGAUGAAGAUGAAGAUGCAGAUGCAGAUGAGAACGAGGAAAAAGAGAAUCGAAUUCUGGGUAUUGAAAAGCAGCAUACGUUCCCGCGUUAUUAUCACCCAGAUUCAGAUUCCGAUGACUCGUCUGACGGAGACUAUCCGGAGGCUGGGUUUUGGGAGUCGCCGCCGGUAAAUAAGUGCUUCCGGUGGGAAGACGAAGACAGAGAUGGUUUAAUUGAGAUAGCUUUGGGGGACGACGACAUUGGUAAGAGACACAGAGGUUUAGAUUUUCACGUCGUUGAGGAAGAUAAUUUGAUAGAGAUCGAUAUUUAUCGAACGAGAUCAAACGACGAACUUCAGGCCAGAAACGACGACGUUCCUCCUCCUUUUCAGGCGAGUCAUUUUCAAUUAACGUCAAAUUAAUAUUUUUUUCCUUCUCUUUUAAUACAAAAAGCAUCACUGCUUUUCAUGAAAAAAGAAAAAGAAAAAGAAAAAAAAUAGUGAAUAGUAAUUAUCAAUAUAGGAAUUUUGGGUUGUCGGAUUUUAGUUUUGGAUGUUUUCGUACAACCGUGUAUUUAACCACUGUUUAAUCAAGAUUAGGCACUAAGUCCAAAAGGUUUGAGUGUUUAGUGAAAUGACUAAAAUACCCUUAUCUUGGUAAAGACCAAGCUCUUCCUCUAUUGGUAAUGGUGAAAGAUUACGUGUUUUGUCAUUGGUUCAAAUUCAAAGGUCCACUGAAGCCAUUUUGGUGUAAAAGAGAUUCUCACACUAUUAGAUUGCUCAUCAAUUUAGGUCUUUGAGACCCAAUCAAUGGUUUAAAAAAAAAAUUGGUACUUUUCAAUAUUUCA